UGCGUGCGGGCUGUUUUCUUUGGCAACCGAUAAUUCGUGUUUAGGCAGCGCUCAGAAGGUAAAAAUACACCGAAAGAAUUAACUAAACAAUCUUAACAAGUUAGUGUAUAGCGGAAUCAGAAAUCGUUUCAUCGUCCGUGAAACUUAUCUAGAGUUAGAUCUACAAACAGAACAAGAUGCAGUUUUUUCGAUAUCAGAUUCUCUGGUACGUGUUUUUGACUGCACUGAUGUUGGCCACUCAAAAUGUAAUGAGCCGAAAAACUAAAUGUGACGAGAAAUGCCUUGAUAUUCUCCGUAAAACUCGAAGAAAUCCGCCCCCCAGUACUAAAGUGGAAAUACACACUGGUUAUUGUAAGGCAAAAUAUGUUUGCCGAAAAGGAACUGAUAUAAGAGCUUGCAGGAAUGGGCAGUGGAUUGGAAGCAAAGCACUCAAGUGUCCAGCAUAUUGCGGCAAACCCGCGGACAUUCCACACGCCACAUUCUCUGGUUCCCGUUUCGGCGUCAACAAUAAAUUAAAGUACCGAUGUGAUCAAGGCUACGUACUCGAUGGACCAAAAAGAAGGAAAUGCGAAAAAAGCGGACAGUGGUCUCAGGCUCCUACAUGUUCACCACGAUCAUGUGGAAAACCUGAGGACAUUCCUAAUGCUAUCGUAAGCGGCUCAAGUUAUAACUACAUGGAUACUUUGAAUUACACUUGUUCAAAAGGUUAUCAACUUGAUGGGCCGGAAACGAGAACGUGUCUUCAUGAUGGGAAAUGGUCCAGUAGUCCGACUUGUACACAAAUCCGUUGUAGGAAGCCACGGCGUCUUGUUAUGCGAAAUGGAAAUGUCACUACCUCUGACCCUGAAUACCUGUAUGGAGCAACCCUUGCGUUUGAGUGUAAUGAAGGGUAUGAGUUACGAGGCAGUGACUCUAUGACUUGCCUAAGAUUUGGUUGGAGUCCCAGGAGACCACCAUACUGCGCUAUAAAAUCUUGUCCAGAUCCUGGGAGACCAGAGAAUGGUGAUCGUUAUUAUCAAGAUCGAUAUUUUAGAGUUGGUAGUACAGUGCGGUUUUCCUGCCAGUCUGGUUUCCAAUUGUCUGGCUCAAAGGAAAGGACUUGCAUGGAGAAUAAAGAGUGGAAUGGAACUUUGACCACAUGUCAGGAUGGAAAUACCAACUGUCCCAUUUUGGGUACCCCAAUAAGUGGACGUAAAUACGGCAGCGGAUACAACAAAGGAGACAUUGUGUCAUUCGAAUGUAAACGGGGGUUUGUUCUUAAGGGUUCUGCAGUGAGAAAAUGCUUAGAUAGCGGAGCUUGGAAUGGCACCGACGCAAUUUGUCGAGACGAGUUCGAAGAUCGUUUUAAAGGUGUUAACGUCACUGCCUACAAUCUUCGCAAAAACCUGCUUGAUCCUUUAUCAGAGUACACAUGUAACAGUGAUAACAGCACUGGAUGCAACAGGACAAGUAUUCGUGGCAUGGAUUUCAGAGGCAGAGCCAUUAAUUUGAACUCAAGGGGUGGCUUAGAUCUCGUGUUCGUCAUCGAUGCGUCUAGCAGUGUAAGAAAGCUGACUGAUUUCAAAAAUGGUUUGGAGUUUGCAAAAGAGCUGGUUAGAACCAUCGGGACCAGCAAAAGAAAAGAUGGAACGCGAGUAGCAGCUGUGACCUUUGGGACGGAUGUGAAAGUUGAAUUUAACUUAGGAGAUGCUAACGUCGACACAAUGGAUAAAGCAAUCAAAGCCAUCGAUGAGAUAAUCUACAUCGGGGGGGCUACAGCGUCGGCACUUGCGUUACAAGAGGUCAGAGAUGUCGUGGUGCCGCUAGCUCGUCCAGACAGUCACCGCGUGUUGAUGUUCAUCACAGACGGAAUGUCUAACAUAGGGGGUCCACCUAAAAAGUUAGCGAAGUAUCUUCGUGAACAAGAAAACUUUGAGAUCUAUGCAAUAGGAGUCGGUAAGAAAGUUCGUAUUCGUGAACUGAUGGAUAUAGCCUCACCUGAAGCGGGCGAUAAUCAUGUGAUCCAUGUCAAAGACUACGACAAUCUUCAGAAAGCCAUCAAGAGAGCGACUUACGUCAAGAUCGAUUAUACAACCUGUGGUGUAAGUCCUGUUGAUCUGAGGGCGAGAAUGGUCGGUGGCAAGAAUUCGAGAAGAGGCUGGUGGCCCUGGCAGAUUGGACUACGUAAGAUUAACUCAAAAGCGGAACUUGUGCUUAUCUGUGGUGGCGCACUGAUUUCUCGUCGCUGGGUUCUGACGGCUGCACAUUGUUUUUACCACCGAGAUUUUCGAGGGGCUCGUGUUCUCGACAAUUUGUCCAAUAAGUACCAAGUGACAGUGGGUGACCACCACUUGCGGAGGGAUGAAAAAUCUCAAAGUGAAGUGGCAGUGAAGAAGAUUUUUGUUCAUCAAGAUUAUGUUGAUAACAAAAUCACAAAUGACAUUGCUCUGGUCAAACUCGACGAGGAAGUGAAACUUGGCCCCUUUGUACGGACAUUGUGUAUUCCAGAAAAGGAUGAAGGUGAUUUGGCAAUCCCUAAAAAGUACGGUAUAGCAACAGGAUGGGGUGUAACGCAAGCCCUGAAACCCUUACAAGUCCCCAAAGAACACAAACGCUACUCAGACCGUCUUCAAUACUCAGCCUUCACAAUUCAAAGCGACCAACUGUGCGCUAACAAAUCAGCGGGAUUUUUUGUUAACUCCACAGUGACGUUUUGUGCCGGGGAUGGAAAGGGAGGAAAUGAUACUUGCCAAGGUGACAGUGGAGGAGCUUUCGUCCGCGAGGCAAAAAGAGGAGACGACUUCCGUUGGGUGGCUACUGGGCUGAUCAGCUGGGGAGAGGGCUGCGCACAAAAGGAUAAGUAUGGAUACUAUACCAGGGUGUACUCAUUUAUUGAUUGGAUAAAGAAAACUAUGGAAGACAACUCAUAGGAAAAUGACUGAACUUCUUCAAUACAUGUUCGAGUAUCUUUUUACUGAUUAGUAGUAUAAAGAGUGUCUGUUCUCCUGCGAAAAUCGUUGCUUUACCAUUCUCAGAGUUACUUUGAUGUCUGAUUGAGGUUUUUGCUUAGAAAGGCCGUGCUUUUGUAGAUUAAUGUGCAGAUUGAUAGUUUGGUUUUUUUCCUUUUUUUUUUUUUUUCGUUUUGUAGUCA